AUGGGCUCAUUUAAGAGUUCUGUUUUCAUCUUGGUCCUUCACCUUCUGGAAGGGUCCCUGAGCAAUUCACUCAUUCAGCUGAAUAAUAAUGGCUAUGAAGGCAUUGUCAUUGCAAUUGACCCUAAUGUGCCAGAAGACGAAACACUCAUUCAACAAAUAAAGGACAUGGUGACUCAGGCAUCUCCAUAUCUGUUUGAAGCUACAGAAAAAAGAUUCUAUUUUAAAAAUGUUGCCAUUUUGAUUCCUGAAACAUGGAAGACAAAACCUGAAUAUGUGAGACCAAAACUUGAGACCUUCAAAAAUGCUGAUGUUCUAGUUGCUGAAUCUAAUCCUCCAGGUAAUGAUGAACCCUAUACUGAACAGAUGGGAAAUUGUGGAGAAAAAGGUGAAAGGAUUCAUUUCACUCCUGACUUUAUAGCAGGAAAAAAGUUGCCUCAAUAUGGACCACAAGGAAGGGCAUUUGUCCAUGAAUGGGCUCAUCUACGAUGGGGAGUCUUUAAUGAAUACAAUAAUGACCAGAAAUUCUACUUAUCUAAUGGGAAAAACAAAGCAGUAAGAUGUUCAGCAGCUAUUACUGGUAAAAAUGCAGUAAAUAAAUGUCAGGGAGGCAGCUGUGUUACCACACCGUGCAGACCUAACAGAACAACAGGGCUGUAUGGAAAAGAAUGUGAGUUCAUACCUGAUAAAGAGCAGAUGGAGAAGGCUUCUAUAAUGUUUUCACAAAGUAUUAAUUCUGUGGUCAGCUUCUGUACAGAAAAAAACCACAAUAAAGAAGCCCCAAACCUGCAAAACCAAAAAUGCAAUCUCCGAAGCACAUGGGAAGUGAUUCGCGAUUCUGAAGACUUUAAGACAACCACUCCUAUGACGACACAGCCACCUAAACCCACCUUCUCAUUGCUGCAGAUCGGACAAAGAAUUGUGUGCUUGGUUCUUGAUAAGUCUGGAAGCAUGACGAGUGAUAACCGCCUAAAACGACUGAACCAAGCAGGCAGACUUUUCCUGCUGCAGACAGUUGAGCAAGGGUCCUGGGUUGGGAUGGUGACGUUUGACAGUGCUGCCUAUGUAAGAAGUGAACUCGUACAGAUAAACAGUGGCACCGAAAGGGAUGCGCUCACCAAAAGGUUACCCACAGCAGCCUCGGGAGGAACAUCCAUCUGCACUGGGCUCCGAUCAGCAUUUACUGUGAUUAAGAAGAAAUACCCAACAGAUGGAUCUGAAAUCGUGCUACUGACUGACGGGGAAGACAACACUAUAAGUACGUGUUUUAAUGAGGUGAAACAGAGCGGGGCCAUCAUCCACACAGUUGCCCUGGGGCCCUCUGCCGCACCAGAACUAGAGGAGCUCUCUAAAAUGACAGGAGGUUUACAGACAUAUGCUUCAGAUGAGGCUCAGAACAAUGGCCUUAUGGAUGCUUUUGGGGCCCUUUCGUCAGGAAAUGGAGCUGUCUUCCAGCGCUCCAUCCAGCUUGAGAGUAGAGGAUUAACCCUCCAGAACAAUGAGUGGAUGAAUGGCACAGUGAUUGUGGACAGCACUGUGGGAAACGACACUUUGUUUCUCAUCACCUGGACAGCACAGCCUCCCCAAAUCCUUCUCCUGGACCCCAGUGGAAAGAGACAAGAUAGCUUUACAGUGGACACAAACACCAAAAUGGCCUACCUCCAAAUCCCAGGCACUGCCAAGGUUGGCAUUUGGAAUUACAGUCUGCAAGCAAGCUCACAAACCCUGACUUUGACUGUCACCUCCCGUGCAUCAAGUACUACCUUGCCUCCAGUUACAGUGACCUCUAAAAUGACCAAAGACACAGUGAAAUUCCCUAGCCCUAUGGUUGUUUAUGCAAAGAUUCACCAAGGAGCCUUGCCGAUUCUCAGGGCCAGUGUCACAGCUCUGAUAGAAUCAGUGAAUGGAAAAACAUUUACCUUGGAAUUAUUGGACAAUGGAGCAGGUGCUGAUGCCACGAAGGAUGACGGUAUCUAUUCAAGGUAUUUUACAGCUUAUGAUACAAAUGGUAGAUACAGUGUAAAAGUGUGGGCUCUGGGAGGAGUGGCCAGACAGAAGAAAAUACCCCAGCAGAAUGGAGCCAUGUACAUACCUGGCUGGAUUGAGAAUGGUGAAAUAAAAUGGAAUCCACCAAGACCUGAAAUUAAUAAGGAUGAUCUUCAAGGCAAGCAAGUGUGUUUCAGCAGAACGUCCUCAGGAGGUUCAUUUGUGGCCUCCAAUGUCCCAAACGCUCCCAUACCUGAUCUCUUUCCACCUUGUCAAAUCACCGACCUGAAGGCAAAAAUACAAGGGGACAAACUUAUUAAUCUAACGUGGACAGCUCCUGGGGAUGAUUAUGAUCAUGGAAGAGCUUACAAGUAUAUCAUUGGAAUAAGCACAAAUAUCCUUGAUCUCAGAGACAAGUUCAAUGAAUCAUUUCAAGUGAACACUACUGAUCUCAUUCCAAAAGAGGCCAACUCUGAGGAAGUCUUUGUGUUUAAACCAGAAAGCAUCACUUUUGAAAAUGGCACGGAUCUCUUCAUUGCUAUUCAGGCUGUUGAUAAAGUCAACUUGAAGUCAGAAAUCUCCAACAUUGCACAAGUAUCUUUGUUUAUUCCCCCACAGACUCCUCCAGAGACACCUAGUCCUUCUCUUCCUUGUCCUGAUAUUAAUAUCAACAGCACCAUUCCUGGCAUUCACAUUUUUAAAAUUAUGUGGAAGUGGAUAGGAGAAUUGCAUCUUUCAGUAGCCUUGGGCUGAGUUUUCAUAAGAUAAAUAAAUCAUCCAUCAUU